GGCAGCCAGAGAGGCCUGCACAUCGGUGAUUUCAUGGGAGGCCACCUUCCUUCUUCCCUCUCUAUGCAUUGGAGCAAAGCAUUAGCCGUUCCAUUGCAGAAGCUGCAAGGAGACGGAAUGAAACUGUGAAGCUCUCAGUAUGCCUACACAGGCUGAGAAGGACUUUAAGGCCAGUCGCCUAAAAUAUUCAAAGAAGAAAGGCCAGGCAGAAACAAAAAUGGAGGAGUUAGAUCCAAUUGUAACUGAAUCUUGGGGAACGUUCAAUGAUGGAGAAAGAGAUGCUGAUAUUGUCCACGUCGGGCCCAUUAAAGAGCUUCUGAGUGGAGAAGACCCGCCACAGAUCAAGAAGGAGCCAGAAGAGCAGCCAUGGGAAACCCAAUGGCAGGAGUUCCUGAAGACCAUGGAGUCUCCUCAGUUAGUAGAGAGGCUGUCCAAAUUUCCUGCAGCCAUGUCUAAAGAGAAUACGAAGGAAUUCCAGGUCUCCCUCAAGGAAAGAGCUGGUGCCAGCCAGUGGCCUAGAGGAGAGUGGGCAACUGAACCAUCCUCGUGGGCAUCUGACGAUUCCCUCCAGGAAGCAAGCCAACCCAACGGAGGAGGUCUGAAUUCUUCUAUAAAAGUGGAGGAGCUCCUGAGCGAGGACACCAUCAGCUCGGAGAUUCGACGCCAACGCUUCCGGCACUUCGCCUACACGGUAGCUGAAGGGCCUCGGGAUGUGUGCAAGCAGCUCUGGAAACUUUGCCACCAGUGGCUGAAGCCCGCGAUACGCUCCAAGGACCAGAUCCUGGAGGUCUUGAUCCUGGAGCAGUUCCUGAGCAUCCUACCUUGGGAAAUGCAAGGCUGGGUCACUGAGCAAGGCCCUGAGACCUGCAUCCAGGCGGUGGCCUUGGCUGAGGACUUCCUCCAGAGGCUGCAGGAGCCUGAGAGGUGGGCGAAAGAGGAGCCAGAGUUGGUGUCAGAGUCAGUUGAUGGCACCAUGAAUUCAGAGCAGGAUCUGCCUGAUCCCAUGAAGACACAGCUCUCUGAGGAAACCAAGCAAGAGAAUGAUGAAGAGUCCAGUUUCUUUGACAAUGGGCAAAUAGAGGAGAGUGAAGAGGAGACUUUUCAGCCAGAGAAACUUGACCAAGUGGGUAUCUGUGGAAUAUCAUUGGAGGGCCUUGAGACAGAGCUGAUGCCUGGAAGUCCUCCAGUGCCAGGAGAUCACUGGGAAACCCAUCCAGCCAAGGUGAACAAGCAGGCUUUAUCUUAUGAGGGAGAAGACACUGACUUACAUGAAAAUGACUUUUCAGAAGAAACACUCCGCUUUAAAAUAAAGAAGGAUCAGUGUGAUGACAGGAGCUUCAAAGUGCUGAACAGCCAGGUUGUACAAGUGGCCGAGAAGCCAUACAAGUGUUUGUACUGUGGGAAGACCUCCAAUUGCAAGGCCAACCUUGUUGUCCAUGAGAGAACCCACACCGGAGAAAAGCCAUACACGUGCUUGGACUGUGGCAAAAGUUUCAACCGGAAGUCGACACUCGUGAGGCACAAAAGGAUGCACACAGGGGAAAAGCCAUAUGAGUGUGCUGAAUGCGGGAGGUGUUUCAGCAUCCGAUGCAACCUUAUCAAUCAUGAGAGAAUCCACACGGGCGAAAAGCCGUACAGUUGCUCUGACUGUGAACAGAGCUUCAGUCGGAGGCUGCAGCUGGUCAUACAUAGGAGAACUCAUACAGGAGAGACACCAUAUAGAUGCAUCCAGUGUGGGAAAUGCUUUACUCGGCGCUCUUCCCUCUUGACACAUGAGAGAAUCCACACAGGAGAGAAGCCAAACACAUGUACUGAUUGUGGGAAAAGUUUCAUUCAGAAAGGAUACCUUCUUAUACACAGGAGAAUACACACAGGAGAGAGACCAUACAAAUGUUCAUCGUGCGAGCAAAGAUUUCUUAAUCGGAGUGAUUUGCGUAGACAUGAGAAAAUACAUGUAGGAACAAAUCCUACAGGCUGCUAGUGUCAGAACCAAUGUAGUGGCAUCAGUGCCAAUUACUCUUUACGUGCCCAGAGGCAAUUAGUUUCUGAAAACAAAAAUGCAUAAGUUAACCAUUUGAAAUUACAGUGGGCCCUUGGUAUGAGCUGGGGUUUGGUUCCAACAGCCCCCAUGAAUACAAAAAUCCAUGGAUG